UCGCGACGCGGACGAGUUACCCACCGCACGCAAGCGUGCGCGGCCAUCGAUCGGGCGAAGGCAGGCACCAUGCAGCCGCCGCCGAGAAAGAGUAACUACACCAAGUUCCUGAAGAACUUGCACACGGAGCAGAUAGCCAAGCUCCACGCCAAGAACCAGCAUGAGUGCGACCUGCUGGAGGAUCUCCGGACCUACACCAUCAAACGGUCGGCCAUUGAGAAAAGCUACUCCGAGGCCUUGCUGAAAAUAUCUUCAGGGUAUCUCAGUAAGAAGAUCCCAAAUAUCCCGGACAUCAAAGUCGACGGAGCGGAGGAAAAAUGGAAUAUGUGGAACGUGUGGCGCACGGUCCUGGAGGAGAACGAGAAGCUGGCGCGCGCGCGGCUCGCCGCCGUCGAGGUCUUCCAGCAGCAGAUCGCGGACGAGGCUAAAAUGCUGCGCCAGCACAAGAUCAACGUCGCCAAGAAGUGCACGGACUCCCUGGCGCAGGCGCACAAGGAGCUGCAACUCACAGUGAUCGACGUCGACAAGACCAAGAAGCUGUACUUCGACGAGGAACACACGGCCCACGACGUCAGAGAUAAAGCCAAAGACAUCGAGGAGAAAUUGAAGAAGAAGAAAGGUUCUUUCUUCCAAUCGAUAACCUCGCUCCAAAAGAACAGCGCCAAGGUAUCGUCGCGUCGCGAUCAACUCGAGGAGAAGUCAACGGGCGCUAGGAACGACUAUCUGCUCAGCAUCGCCGCUGCCAACGCCCAUCAGAAUCGCUACUUCCUCGUAGAACUGCAGACCUGCAUGCAGAACAUGGAGUCAGCCGUAUAUGAAAAGGUGUCAGAGUUCCUGACCCUCAUGGGCCGCACCGAGCUGCUGACCUGCUCCGCCACCCAGCAUUCGUUCGGCAAGAUCCGGGACCAGGCACAACAGCUCACCCGGGACUAUAACCUGCAGUGCGUGUAUCUCUACUACCCGGUGCUGAAGCAACACAUUCAGUACGACUACGAGCCAUGUGACAACGACCCCGUCGACAUCGUUACCAUGGAACACGAGUCCGUGGCGCAGACGCUGGCGCAGGAGGCGCGGCGCUGGGCCACGCGCGUCGUACGCGAGACCGCGCUGGUGCGGGACGCCACCCGCAAGCUGCACUUAUACCAGGCCAUGCGGGAGGCGGGACAGAAGACGGACCCGAACGACCCGAACGGGCCGGACCUGGAGACGCGCAUGGACGAGCUGCGCUCCAACAUCCGCCGCUCCGAGACCUCGAAGGCCAAGUACGAGGCGCGGCUCGAGUGCCUGCGGAACAGCAGCGCGCCCGUCGACGAGUGGCUCAAGGAGAUCGACCUGCUGGCCGUGCAGGACACGCUGCCGCGCAGCUCCAGUCUGCUCAGCGUGAGGACCGACGCGUCCGGGGCUGCCGACCAGCCGAGCUCCGACUCAUUCUACGACAGCGACAACACGGAGGGCGAGCAGGCCCCGGCCGCCUCCGUGUCGGGCCACCAACGGACCACCUCCGGCUCGCAGCACGAGGACGAACACGACGAGGAGGUCGACACGGCGCUGGAGGAGGAGAGGAUGCGCAUGGAGCAGCUGGCCGUGGGCUGGGACGACCCCACGCAGGUCAACUGGGGCGAGGAGCCGGAGGCCGAGGCGCCGGCCGCCGGCGUCGAGGCGCCCGCCGCUCCGCUCUACAAGUGCACCGCGCUCUACUCCUACACCGCCCAGAAUCCAGACGAGUUGUCGAUCAUAGAGAACGAGCAGCUGGAGGUGGUCGGCGAGGGCGACGGCGACGGCUGGCUGCGCGCGCGCAACUACCGCGGCGAGGAGGGCUACGUGCCCCACAACUACCUGGACGUGGAGCGAGAGCAGGCCUCAUCCAAUCCUGGUCUGGUCACUCAGAUAUCGUUCUCUUCUGUGGACUAUACCGUGGAAGGGGAGGACGCGGACGUGGUGCAGUCCCCGGACCAGAUCUCGGUGAUCUCGGCACCGGUGGCGAAGGCCGACGAGCCGAAGGCCGAGGCUCUGAACACGGAGCUGGCGAGGGCCGUCGAAGAGUCCCAGUCGGAGUGGCCGACCCUAGGCUACUGCUUCGCCCUUUAUGACUACGAUGCUGAUGCCACUGAUGAACUUAAUCUUGAAGAAGGACAGAUAAUCCGCGUGGUCUCGCGCGACGCGCACGGCGUCGACGACGGCUGGUGGCGCGGCGAGGCCAACGGCGUCAUGGGCAACUUCCCCUCGCUGAUCGUCGAGGAAUGUGACGAGAACGGAGAGCCCCUGAGCGGCGGUGAGGACGAGUGGUCGCCGCCGGACUCCGCCCCGCCGGUGUUCGCCUCACCCCCGGGGUCGCCCACCACCGGGGGCUUCGACGACCAACUGAUCAUCGGAGACAACAACAAUGGGAAAGACGCCCCGCCGCCCGCGGCGCCGCCGCCGCCGCCGCCCGCCGACGCCGACGCCGACGCCGACGCCGACGCCGGCGACGACAUCGACCUCGGCGACUCUAUGGACAGUCAGCCCGACUUCAGCUUUAACCUGGAGCUAACUAAGAACCAAGUUGAGCAAUACGGGAGCCAGUUUGAAGGGCAGGAGGAGAGCGUCGUCGCGCCUGCCGUUACUAUCGUUGUCGAUGAGGUUGUCGCUGAAAAUUGGAACGAGGACGAGGAGGAGCCGGCGCCGCCGCCGCCGAAGCCUGCGCCGCCCAAAGUUGAGCUCUCGGACGACGGCGGGCUCGGCGUGGCGCAGAUCGUGAUCACCGCCGCCACGCCCAUGGUGGAGGAGCCCGAGCAGCCCUUCCCUCCGCCGGAGCCGGAGCCCGAGCCCGAGGAGGACGAGUCCUCCAUCUCCGAGCAGACCGCUGUCUGCGUGCCCGACCAGGCCGAGGCCCCGCCCGCCAACAGCUCGACGGCCUCAGAGGGCGAGUCCACCGGCGCCUCCGGGCCCCCCACCGCGCCGCAGUCCCCGCCCGCGGCGCCGCGCGCCGGCCGCGCCUCCAUACCCGACGAGCUCGAUUCGGCCCAACUUGCUAGGCUCACUGACUUGAAAGAAUCCAACGCUUAAACUUGCUACUGUAUCUAUUUCUUUCUCUACGGAAGAACCGUUUUUCACUCUCUCGUUUCAGUGACAUCGUGGCUAUCACACCGGUUUGAAUGAAACUAUCUCGCUCAGUAACUCGGUAUACGAAUGUAUAUGUAGAUAUGGAUCAUAUUAAUUUAAAACUUCAUUAUUUUAGAUUGAUACUUGGAUUGACCGCAUAGUGAAAGAGCCUGCCGUAAGAUGAGGUAACUAUAGUCAUUAAAAGUACAAGUAUGCUCCAGUUUUUAACGUUGAUUCUUAACGAGUCUUUAUGAUUUUACCCGUUUCAUUUAUUUUGGAGCUUGAGAUGUACACUAAUGCUCGCUUAUGCUUGCUAUAUUUUAUACUCAAUAUAAUUUGAAAAAUACUUAUACUCGUACAUAUUUUACCAGAACUUGAAUUUGGACCAAUUGUAAGUUGUGGACUAAAGUUACCUGAUUUUACGGUACUUUUUAUACCUAACAGUGGCGGCGCGUCAAACAUAUCCAUAGGCAAGCCGGGGCUAAUUUGGCUUACCCAUUUCCCUUACAACUGCUCAAACGUCCAAAAACAGGCAAGCCGGUGGGAAUCGGCUUUUAUGGACGCGCCGCCACUGAUACCUAAGUAUCUAUAUAGCUCCAGCGUACAAAAAAGAAUAAUACAGCGAUAGCGGCGAGCAUCACAUCAUUGUGUUUUACAAAAUACAAUAAUGUGAGAUCAAUAACGAGUAACAAAUAUUUAAUAUUAAAAGAGCGAGUUUUGCGAGCGAGUGUCUAACGGUUCGGGCAGGCCGGUGCUCGGCUGGACAGAUCCGUUGAAUGUCGGCCCGGUCAGUGGAGCUGUACAUACAUACUUAUUAUAUACUGGUUACUGCUAGGUGUAAUAGCACGAUCUAGUACCUGCUGACUAGGGGUAUGAGAACAUCGCGAACUGGCCAACGAUCCUUUUUAUUAUAAAUGUAUCACCAUUGUUAAAUACUUACAAUAUAAGUUUCUUUUAAACGCGCAUUCUUAGGUGCCUCAAGACUGUAUAGGAAGUGGUAUACUUUAAUAACUGUAAUCAUAUUAUAUCUUGCGUCCAUAUGACGUCUUGUUACAACGAAAUAGUCGGAUGGUUAUUACCUUAUAUUUAUCACAUGCAUAUACCUACAUUCUCCUCUGUGUUGAACGUGAGAGAUGUUGUUACUUUUUAUGUACAAUCAGCAGCAUAAGUUGCUAAGCGGGCGAGGUGUUAAAAAUGAUCUUGACGCGACUUUAUUGUUAAGAGAAUAAGAGCGUGUCAAGGUU